GAUGUAAUAACGUGUAACGUUGUCAAGAGUGGCCCUCAAGUAUGCGUCCUCACACCAAACGAGAUACGGGAUGACAAGGGGAAAUAGUCAGUGCUAGUCAUAGGAAUGAACCGGCAAGGACGUCUCUUCCCCCUCAGCGUUAGUGUAGACUCACAAUGGCUUCCAAACAGGAAAAUGGGAUUGGGAACUUGACACGGGAAGACAAUUCACACAGCCAUGGUAAAAACUCCAAAAAGGCUCCCCUGCCCUUCCGCCAGAAAAUUUCAUCAUGGCGAUGGAUGACAUCCAUGAUCGUCUGGUUCGGCUUCAUCAGCAGCACCCUCAUGCGCAACUCCUUCAACAUGGCGCUGGUGUGCAUGACCGGAAGUACGCCCCCACCCCGACCGGGAGCGAAUCUAACCCAGCGGUUGGUGUACACUACGAACGUCACAUCAAAUGCAUCAAGCGAAUCGAUCCCCCCUCCGGGAGAGUUUGACUGGGAUGAAGCCACCCAGGGUAUCAUCCUCUCCUCCGUCCUAUACUUCGGCUUCAUGGCUCCUGCCAUCAGUGGCUUAAUGUCCAAGAAAUUCGGAGCUAAGAAAGUCGUGGGAAUCAGCAUGACCAUAAGUUCGGUGAUGAACCUUCUCACCCCCUUCGGUGCCCGAGGUCACAUGUACCUGCUCAUUGCCAUGAGGGUCGUCAUUGGUUGCUUCUCGGGAACCAUUCUGCCCGCAACCCAGGAACUGUGGGGACACUGGGCCCCUGAUGAAGAGAAGGUGCAACUUGUGUCCUGGACACUGUCCGGUGUCAACAUCGGAAGUCUGGUGUCCUCCCUAAUUUCCGGGUUCCUGUGCACUAUCCCUCUAGACAAUGGCUGGCCUUUCGUCUUCUAUGUGUUUGGAGGCUUGAGCUUGUUGUGGUGUCUGGUGUGGUGGCUAGUGGUCUAUGACACACCUGAUGAACACAAGUGGAUCUCGGAGGCAGAAAAGAAGUAUAUCAAAGCUAACAUCAGAACCGUUCCCGAUAAGAGUACAUUUAUCCCCUACAAGAGCCUGCUGACAUCGGUACCGCUGUGGGCGUUCAUCUGUAUCCAGACUGUACACAUGUGGUGUGCAACCAUCUUCUUCACCUACCUCCCCAAGUACAUGAGAGACGUACUCCGGUUCCCAAUAGAACAGAAUGCCAUCGUCUCGUCUGUCCCUUUUGCCUCAAGAUUUCUCGGGGUCCUUUUCUGGGGUGUCAUGGCUGACCAGAUGUCUAAACGAAAUAUAAGCACAACAGUCAACAGGAAAGUUAUCCAAUCAACUGGCUUUUUGACCUGUGCUGCGAUCACUGUAGGUAUUGGUUACAUCGGCGAAGACAGGAAAAUUGUGGGCGUGGUCCUCUUUGUUGUCACCAUGUUCUUCCAGUCUUGUUCCUUUGCCGCAUCCUCCAUUGUCCCACUUGAUAUCGCACCAAGAUUAGCGAGCGUCAUAACGGGCAUGUUUGUCGGGGUUGGAGCCUUUGUGUCGAUAUUUGCACCCAUAACCGUCUCCAGCUUGACCCCAGAUGGCACUCUGGAAGAAUGGCGAUCGGUGUUCUUCAUGAUAAUUGGUUGCUAUGUCUUCGGCGUAACAGUCUUUGUCAUAUUUGGAAGUGCCGAGUUACAGCCGUGGGGAAAGAGCCUUGCUGUUGCCAUAAUACAUCCGCCAGACAAAAGUAACCCGGAUGUCACAACAAAUGGAAAAGUCAGUCACGACGCCAUCAGAAAAGGACCACCCAGGGUUCUCAUUGAGCGAGAAGUUAGCGUUAUUUCAACCCAUUCCAUGAGAAGCAUCCAGUCGAACGCGUCCGCCAUUCCUGCUCCCAUCAUAGUGAAGUCGACGUAUUACUUGGAAGAAACCAGUGACGUAGAAGAUAAUGUCUUUGUCGAUGACGUUAAUCACAGAAGCGCAGAAAGCAAGGACGGGAGAGUUAAUUACGGGUAUGUUAAUGGCGUCAAUGAUGAUGAGGAGGACACCCGUCUGUAGACACGUGGGCACGGGUGGCCCAGUCGUCUGAGGCGCCGAAAUUCGCAGUGCAGAGUUGCGCUUUGGGCACGCCAGAAACCUAUGAUUCUAUGAACCAAUGUCAGCACCAUACCUGUGCUCGUGGGUUUCACCAAAGUGGUAAAUGCCUGAAACUUGCAGGACUUUGGGUUUUCCUACGACAUUAAGCUGACACGCCUUGAUAUAACAAUGACCUCAUCACUGUCUCGUGUGCCCCAAAGUCUAAUAAUGAACUCAUCACUUGUGCCAUUAUAUGAUAAUAAUGAUGUUUGUUUGCUGAGGAUCUUGUUGUGAUGUCAUUGUGCAUUUUGAACACUUUAUAGUUAUACUGGCACAGAAAUAUACCUCGUGUUGUAUUCUCUGCUCUGAACAAUGUAAUAUUGAUCCAACCAAUUGUGAUACCUGCACAAACAAUGAAAUAUGUGACUCAGAAAGAUAUUUAGAAAUAAAUAAAUAUCUCAUCGUUUCCAUAAAUUAGAAUUUGUACAAUUCUGUUUAAAUGUUUGUUAAACGUAUUGAUGGGCAAUAUUUAGAAAGGAGUUGAAAUUCCACUGCAUAUAUUUAUUGUGUUAUUUAUGAUACGUGAAUAUUCCUGAGGCUUGUAGAAAUUAUUUUCACAUACAUGAAAUAUUAUAAAAAUAUCGACCUGACCGGACAAUCAGUUCAACACAACCACGAGUUCGACACCAUUUCGACAAAAUGGUGUUCAACUGCAAUAUUUCCGAUUCAAUGAUAUUACUUCUAUGAGGACUACCAUGUACAUGUGACAAAAUAUAUAUGAAAUAAAGCAUAUUAAUUAUGAAUUUGUUAUUU